AUUUCUAAAUUGUUACAAUCAAAGAAAACAAGUUCAACUAAUUUAGUAGAGAAAUGUUUAUCACGAAUUACAAAAUACAAUGAUAAAAUCAAUGCUUUCAUAUCAAUUCAUGAUAAAGAUGAGUUAUUUAACAGGGCAAACGAAGCGGAUCAAAGAUUUAAUCGAGGAAAACAUAAAGGUCAUUUAGACGGUAUUCCAAUAGCUUAUAAAGAUGUAUUUUGUACAAAAGAAUUAAACACUACUUGUGCAUCAAAUAUGUUAAAAGAUUUUAAAUCUCCAUACAAUGCAUCAGUUGUAGAAUAUCUUAACAGUGCUGGCGCUAUAAUGAUGGGUAAAACAAACAUGGAUGAAUUUGCAAUGGGAUCGGCAAAUGUCUAUAGUGCUUAUGGACCUGUUCUUAAUCCAAGAAAAUAUAUUUACAAACAAAAAUCUGAAAAAUUUUAUAAAGAAGAGUUAGAGGAGGAUAGAGUUGCUGGAGGUAGCUCUGGAGGCAGUGCAGCAGCUGUUGCAUCUGGAAUGUCACUUGGUUCUGAUAGUGGUGGAUCAGUUAGGCUUCCUGCUUCAUAUUGUGGAGUUAUUGGAUUUAAACCAUCAUAUGGUCAAUGUUCUAGAUGGGGUUUAGUUGCAUAUGCAAAUUCAUUAGAUACAGUUGGCAUUUUGACAAGAACAGUUGAUGACUCUAAAUUAGUAUACGAUUUAAUAUCAAAGUAUGAUGUAAAAGAUUCAACCUCAAUUCCACCAGAGGUACGAGAAUUCAAUAAUUCAAUACCAUCAUUUUUCAAUCCAAAAAAUAACAAUAACCCAAAUGAUUUGAAUGGUUUACGUGUUGGAAUACCAAAAGAAUUCUUUGUAGCUGAAUUGAAUAAAUCCAUUAUUGAUUUAUGGAGAAAAGGAAUUUCAUAUCUUCGCUCAUGUGGUGCAACAAUA